UUACAUACAUUUUACUGCACGAUACAUUAACAAUAUUGUACAGCAAUUAGCUCCUUCAACGUAGUUACGAAUUAAUACGAAUCUUGAUAAGCGUACAAACGCCAAUACAGCUAUCAUGGUGCGCCGAUAUUGCAGUUCCUUAAUGAAGUCUGAAAUAAGAUUGUGCCACCGAUUCAAAAAUCUUGGCUGAUACUGAGAAGAAAAACCCAGUAUUACUUUGUCUAACCUGGGAUGCGAACUCAAGACCUCGAAGUGGAAGUCGUACCACGCACACGAUUCGACUACACCACUGAGACAGUCAACUUGUUACUUACUAUUGACUAACACGAGACUACUGUGUAACGUAGUUGCUGAACUUGCUAAUAUAUAACUUUAAUCGAAAUGUUAUCUUUUGUUCUUAUAUGAAAUAAAGUACUUAAUCCCUUAUUUUUUGUUGUUAAGGACACAAAAUUUUAACGGCAAAUUGUAUUUUUAAAUUUGUUUACCCACUUUUGUAGCUGACUGUACAACAGCAGAAAACAAUUCAUUUUAUUCACUAGGUGUUGCUCGCGACGUCUAUGUAUUUAAAAAAGCAGAUUAAACCUCCUCCUCCAAAUAUUUUCAGAAAUUUUAGCAUUCAUAAUACACUACCCAACCAAGUCUAGAAAAUAAGCCAAGUAUAUCGACCUAUUUAUGAACCUGCUUAAAAAAGUACUGGCCACUUAAACAAAAAAAUGUAGGAAAAAAAUUAAACAAAUGUUCGAAAUUUAAAAAAAAAUUAUCAAGCAACAAAAUCUUUUCGAAAUAUGGAGGGAAAACUGAACUACAUCGUAGAGUACGGGAUUUUCUUACGUAAAAAGUGGGGAUUAUUGUAAGUUUUAGAUGUUUACUUGUCAAAAACAAAUAUCUCUACUGACUUGUAGUUUUUGUGACUCUUGAACGUUAUGUAACGCCGUCAUUUAACAUGGGAAGACAUGCUUAGAGCAGUGGGUAUGUUGGAAUUUGGGCGCAGUCAACGUGAAAUCGCGAAGGUUAUUAACACGCAACCAAGCGUAAUGUGACGAUCAUGGUCACGCUACAGGGCUACGGGAGAUGUAGUCGAACGCCACCGAGGAACAUAGAGGAUCUCUACCCAGAGAUAAGACCGUUAUCUGCAAAGCGAGGCAAAGAUGCAGUCUGGGGCUAUAGCUCGCCAGUUGGUUGAAAGACUCCAGUCCCAGCACGAAGUGGUUAUCAGUGACUUAAAUGCCAGAAGAAGGUUACAUGAAGUUAAUCUUCACGCUCGCAAACCGCCAAGGCCUCUAGCUCUGUGACGUGGAAAUGGAGAGUGUCGUUUCGUGUGAGCUAACACACAUUGGUUGGCACGUGUUCAGUUUUCGGUGGAGUCUCAAUUCGGAGUUCAUCCCGAUUCAAGGUGAGUACGUGGUGAGCGAGUUCCUUAUUGCCAGAGUUAACUCUACAAUCCUCAGGAAGUUCAUCUUUACUAAGGCAGAACCAUAGUGGUGUAAGCUGGAAUUCGCCUAGUUGGAAGAACAGAUCUCGUUUGCUUACGAGGCAAUUCAAAUGCGGAGCAAUACCCUGACGAGAUUGUGCACCCUAUGGUUCAUCCCUCAUCGGCAGCAACUCUGCCAUAAUUUCAUGUUAAUGCACCGUAAUGCUGAUGCAUACACCGCAAGGCUGGUGAUGCACUUGUUCCGCGAGUACAAUAUCACCGUAUACAGAGGCGUGCUCAGUCCGCCGCAAUCCUAUUGAGCAUGCGUGGGAUUUGCUUGGGACAACAGUUUUCAGUCAUUUUUCCGAAACUUUAAACAUGGGAGAAGAACAUUUUUCACACCUUUCCAGAAUAUGGAGCCUUAUACCACAGCUUCUCUCGGAGAUAUAGUAAGCGGCGCGAGGUUAGCGUUAUUGGCCGUCGAAUAAUUUUUCUCAAAACUAAUGAGUCCGCAUGAACUUGAAAUCUCAAUAUCACUGCCGGGCCCGGGGAUCGAACACAUCACGGGACGGCAUACACACGGCGCGUAGUGGAUGAACCAGUUGCGGCUCUACUUACCGGGAUAAAGGCCACGACGGUAGAGGGGUGAUUCACUUCUUGAGGACUUUCUUCAACCUAGGGACUAUAAAAGAAACUUUGGCUAUCGUCUGGAAAAAGACAGAAAAUAACAGAAGGAAAACACUGCUGAUAUUAAUUGGUACAGUUACUUUCAUGUACGGACCUUUCAUUGGGGAAAUGGCAACUUUAUAUAUGGUAACUAGAUAUCGUUUUAAUUGGAAUGAAGUACAGUUCAGCUUCUUCCAGACCUACAGCUUCCUUAUGAGUGUAAUUGGUACCUUGAUAUCUUUGUUGCUGUUCAGCAAAUAUCUGAAGUGGGACGACAGCGUAUUGGGAAUAACAUCUACUACUAGCAAGAUUCUAGCGGCGUUUGUGUAUUGUUUCGCACCGAACUCAGGCAUUUUCUAUCUGGGUCCUCUUGUCGAUAUAUUAAGCGGUGCCAUGUUACCAAUAUUGGCAAUUAGAUCGAUUUACACAAAACUAAUAAGCCAGCAAGAACUGGGCAGAUUGACGUCACUAUUUGUUUUGUUUGAAAACCUGGCGCCAGUGAUGUAUGUUCCGAUUUAUGUUGCCAUCUAUACUGCCACCAUGGACACACUGCCAGGAGCAAUUUAUCUAUUCGGAGCCGCCAUGACUGUACCAGGACUAAUAGCGUUCAUGUAUCUCUUCCGCAUGCACAGAAUAAGUUUGAAGAAAAAGGCGAUGCCGUAAAUGAAUACGGCACCUCAACACAUCAAGCGCAGUCUGCAAAGAGAAAUAUUUAUGAAUAUUAGCAUGCUGUGAUUAAAAGUAUGUCGUUGGAUGAACACACACCGCGAGAAGUGGGUGCACUGGUUACACCUGUAUCCCUUCGGAGAUUAAAGUCGUGUGUGUAUGUGAGUGUGUGGUAUGUUUAUGAUAAUCGAUGGAAGGACAGGAUGAUAAAGAACAAUUAAGAUUAAUCUUUGGAGGAUCAACUGAGAAAAAGAAUCGUUAUCGAUGGGAAUCGGAUGACCAUUAUUAAAAUAAGCUAUGUUUAUAAUUAAUUACGGACUUGAAAAAGCUACUCCAGUACACAUGGUGAUGAGUGACUGCACACUGUGUCUAGAAAAAAUCGAUUAGCGAAAUACGAUUUUAAAUGUACACAUCGAGAUCACCCAAUGUAAGACGAUCUGUAUUACGGUCAAAUGUAUGCGCUUCCAUCUAUACAAUGAUCAUCAUAUUGAAAUAAGUUCAUCAAUGGUAUUGUGUAUUCUGCAGUAGAAUAAUAAACUACUAUUUAUUCAUCGUCUGAUAAUUUUAUCGCCCAACUUUAUAUAACAGACAAACACUCGUACUGUUCAACAUGACGUGUAAAUACGAAGAUUGUCAUUGUUCGUAGUUUUGUUCAAUAUAGAUCCAUUAUUCCGGUCUGUAGUGGAAUUUUCAGAAUCAAUCUCGAUGUAUCCACUUUGGUUCUAUGAAUUCUGGAUUCUUGGCACCUUACCGAUCAUUCGAGCAUUUGAAUGCUUUUACUAAGCAACCUUAACAACGUGCGAUGAUAACUAGAUUAAUGAGAAAAUAGUUUUUAUGUUUACACGAAUGUUAGACAUUGAAAUAGAACUAUUUUUCGGAUUUUAUCGAGGUUUAUUAUUCUUAAAGGAUAUUAUUCUUUUUUCCCGACGUUUUGAAGGCUAUAGGUGGUAGGCCUUUAUGUUCAGGGGGAGGCAGGUCUAAAGUAUUCGGAAUAGUCAAUAUUACUAACUGCCUAUAUUUAUAAUCAUAGAUUUUUUUUGGCUGUGAUACAGAACAUAUAAAUUGUAAUUUUAUUACCGGCACGCUAUGAUUACCAUUUUGACAGAUUACAAUCAUACCGAGGUGAAAUCUCAAUUCAUUAUCAAAAAAUAUAUAAUCAAUGCGAGUCACAUUUAUGUUUUUAGAUUUAUAACUAGUAUUGCCAUGAGUAGCUGAUUAAAAAGUUUUACUUAAGCGAAAAUAAAUAUUUUACUUAAUACAUAUCCUUCUCCUACUUGCGUCAUUCUCCUCAGUUCUGAGGGUCGUGACCACCUCUCACCAGCUUCCGUCAUCCGUCAGCCAUCGAUCUGGACUGUUGGCCAUCUGUAUAUAGAUAAAUCAAGUGUGAUGCGGAUCUGAUCGGACCGUCGUAUUGGGUUGCGUCCAUGUGUUUUUUGCCCUCUACUUUGCCAGUGACUAUCAGUUUCUCGAAGUUGUCGCUCUUCUUCCUGGCAAUAUGUCCAAAGUACUCAAGCACUCGUUUGAGGCAGUUUAAUAAAUAUAUCAAUAAAUAAAAUAUUGCAAUAAAAAUGAAUGUACAAAACUUUACUAAGCGAGUUUGCCGGAGGUAGAAGUUGAGCUGGCCAGCGAUCCUUUUUGAAUUUCGAGAAACAUGCCGAGUUUUUUUUUCUCUCUUUGGCAAGGCGCGGUUCACGCAUCAGCCAGUGCCAUAAAUUGCCGGGUUGAGUUGUAAAAUUAUAUAUUAAAUUUUACUGCACGACACAUUAAGAAUAAUGUACAGCAAUUAGCUUCUUAACGUAGUUGUGAAUUAUACGAAUCUUGAUGAGCGCACAAACGUCAAUACAGCUAUCAUAGUGCGCCGGUAUUGUAGUUUCUUAGUAAAGUCUGAAAUAUAUAAAGAUUUGAAGUUGUUGCGUAGACAAUGUCAAGAUAAACACUCAUCCCACCUUUAUCCCCAAACGUUAGGAGCAACCAGGUCACCACUUUUCACCGUGUGUGUUCCGUCCCAAUGUGUGAUAGAUGGCGUGCCUAUCCCCAUUACGGCCACCGACUCAAAAAUCUGGGCUGAUACUGAGAAGAAAAUCCCAAUAUUACUUUGUCCGAACUGGGAUGCGAACUCAAGACCUUGGAGUGGAAGUCGUACCACACACGCGAUUCAACUACAUCACUGAGACGGUCAACUAGUUACUAUUGACUAACACUAGACUACUGUGUAACGUAUAGUUGCUGAACUUGUUAAUAUAUAACUUUGAUCGAAA